AAGUAUGGCUGUGUUACAUAGAGAAACUAGGCGCGCUGAAGCCCUAGGCAGCAGUUUCAACCAUAUGCCUGGCUUUUCCAGCCUUUGAACAACCUGUAGUCUAAGACAUUUCCAUUUUGCCUCUGUUAACAUGUAUCCUUCUGAUCAGUGUCCAGUGUAUGCCCCAUUUUUCAGCGCUCUUGGGUGCGCAGUUGCCAUGUGCCUCUCUGCGCUGGGCGCCGCGUACGGAACAGCAAAAGCAGGUGUAGGUAUCACAAUGAGUGGUAUUAUGCGUCCAGAUACAGUCAUACGAAACUCUGUGCCAGUAGUGAUGGCUGCUAUCCUAGCUAUCUAUGGAUUGGUAGUCUCAGUGAUGAUUACAAACCGCAUGCAGGCAGAAACUCACCUCUUUACUGCCUUUGUUCAUCUAGGAGCGGGAAUCGCAGUUGGUGUCUCGGCACUUGGGGCAGGAUUCACCAUUGGCAUUACUGGAGACGCCGGCGUUCGAGGAGUGGCUCAGCAGCCGAGACUUUUCAUGCCUAUGAUGUUGAUUCAGAUAUUCUCCGAAGUUCUAGGCUUGUAUGGUAUGGUGGUCGCACUGCUGAUGCUAACAAGAGCGUCAUCUGUAAACUGCUAGGUGCGGAUGACUAGAGCAACAAGCAGAAACUCGAGAAUACAGGUUCAUAAUCAAUUCCAACGAGAUGCUGUCAUGUUUUUCUACCCAUCAGGACACUAUACGGAUCUUGGAGCCUCUACAAAUCGGCAGCCAUUCGAACCGCCUACACGUCUUCGUACUUUUUAUGAACGUUCUUGAGCAUUAUAUGGAUCUCAAUUGGUUUACCGCUGAUAAGAGAAAGCCGAGCUAGCGCUUGAGCCUUCGAAUUUUACUCCUUACGCGCAUAACAAAACAUUGUUCGAGUACAGUCGCUCUUUUCUGCUGAAAGAUUACUUUUCGAUAGGUUCUAAUCAAAGAUUGUUGUAUUUGA